CGUUAGCGUAGUGUAUCAACUUUUGUGUUAAACACGUAAACACAUCUAUUUAUUUAUUUUUAUUGGCGAAAAAUUGAUCUGCAGAUUUAUGCAUACUUAGCCAACAGACAAAGAACGAACAACAAUUAUGAUACACAGUCUGUUCAUUGUAAACAGCAGCGGCGAGGUCUUUCUGGAGAAGCAUUGGCGUUCCGUUGUGUCGCGCUCCGUUUGCGAAUACUUUCUCGACGCCCAGCGAGCCGCUCCAUACGAUGUGCCGCCCGUGAUUGCCACGCCUCAUUAUUACCUGAUCACCGUGCAGAGGGACAGCGUCUCCUUGGUGGCCGCCUGCAAACAGGAAGUUCCGCCAUUGUUCGUGAUUGAGUUUCUGCAUCGCGUCGUUGACACAUUCCAGGAUUAUUUCGGCGACUGUUCCGAGUCGGUGAUUAAGGAUAACUAUGUGGUUGUCUAUGAGCUGCUUGACGAGAUGCUCGACAAUGGUUUCCUUGCCACCGAGAGCAACAUACUCAAGGAGCUAAUCAAACCACCAAACAUAUUGCGCACCAUCGCCAACACUGUGACCGGCAAAAGCAAUGUGAGCACCACAUUGCCCUCGGGUCAAUUGUCGGCGAUUCCCUGGCGACGCAGCGGAGUGCGGUACAACAACAAUGAGGCCUACUUCGAUGUCAUCGAGGAGGUGGAUGCCAUCAUCGAUAAAUCGGGAUCAACGGUGUUUGCCGAGAUUCAGGGACAUAUCGAUUGCUGCAUUAAGCUGUCGGGUAUGCCCGACUUGACGCUGUCGUUUAUGAAUCCGCGUCUCUUCGACGACGUCUCCUUCCAUCCAUGCGUUCGCUUCAAGCGCUGGGAAGCUGAACGUCUGCUCUCGUUUAUACCGCCCGACGGCAACUUCCGAUUGAUGUCGUAUCAAUCGUAUCAGCCAUCGGUGGUGACCAUUCCCAUCUACAUACGGCACAACUUUUCGAUUAAGACGGGCGAACAGGGGCGCCUCGAUCUAACGAUUGGACCGAGGAACACGCUCGGACGCACUGUGGACAAGGUGAAGCUGGAGCUGACGAUGCCCAAGUGUGUGCUCAACUGUCUGCUGACACCGAAUCAGGGCAAAUACACGUUCGAUUCGGUGAGCAAAACGCUCUCCUGGGAUGUGGGACGCAUCGAUGUCUCCAAGUUGCCCAACAUACGUGGAUCGGUGUCGAUAAUGCCGGGCAGCACAAACAUCGAUGCGAAUCCAUCGAUCAAUGUGCAAUUCCAAAUCUCACAGCUUGCCGUCUCGGGGCUCAAAGUGAAUCGCCUCGAUAUGUAUGGCGAGAAGUACAAGCCCUUUAAGGGCGUCAAGUAUUUAACCAAAGCUGGCAAAUUCCAGGUGCGCAUGUAGCCACGCCCACGCCGCCACGCCCAGCCUGCCAGUUUACUAAGCUUUAAUUAAGUGUACAACAAGAAAAAAGAACAAA